AGUAUUGUUUCGAAAUCAGAGAAGGUCAAAGGACCCAGAUUUUCAGGAAGCCGAGCUACAAUGGAAGUCCAGUGCGGUGGUGCGGGGUUCAUCCCAGAAAGUUCAAGGAGCAGCCAUGAGCUUGGAAACCAAGAUCAAGGAAUUCCCCAACUGAGAAUUGUCUUACUUGGAAAAACUGGAGCAGGAAAGAGUUCAACAGGGAACAGUAUCCUUGGGGAAAAAGUGUUUAAUUCUGGCAUUUGUGCAAAAUCCAUCACCAAGGUCUGUGAAAAAAGGGUGAGCACCUGGGAUGGGAAAGAGCUUGUUGUCGUGGAUACACCUGGUAUUUUUGACACUGAGGUACCAGAUGCUGACACACAAAGGGAGAUCACUCGCUAUGUUGCCCUGACCUCUCCAGGGCCUCAUGCUCUGCUCCUGGUAGUUCCACUGGGGCGUUAUACUGUGGAAGAACACAAGGCUACACAGAAAAUUCUGGACAUGUUUGGAAAACAGGCUAGAAGAUUCAUGAUUCUCUUGCUCACCAGGAAGGAUGACUUAGAAGACACUGAUAUCCAUGAGUACUUAGAGAAGGCUCCUAAAUUCUUUCAAGAGGUGAUGCAUGAGUUCCAGAAUCGCUACUGUUUGUUCAACAACAGAGCCUCAGGCGCUGAAAAGGAAGAGCAGAAGAUGCAAUUGUUGACCUUGGUCCAGAGCAUGGUGAGGGAAAAUGGUGGAAGAUGCUUUACUAAUAAGAUGUAUGAAAGUGCCGAGUGUGUGAUCCAGAAAGAGACCUUGAGGAUGCAAGAAUUAUACAGAGAGGAGCUAGAGAGGGAGAAAGCACGGAUAAGACGGGAGUAUGAAGAACAGAUUAAAGAUCUGAGAGAUGAACUGGAGAGGGAAAUAAGAAGGGCACGUAUGGAGAGGGAAUUCAAGGAGAGGGAGGCUAUCUUUACAAAGAAUCAACAAAAUGCUAGGAAGGAAGUUGAGAACACAAGUAUGAUACUUGAAUUAAUUAUAAAAGCAUGGGAGAUUGCUUCCUUUAUCUUCAACCAGUUUAUGAAAGACUAGGCUUAGUCUAUAAGACUAGACCUUAUUUCUAUUUUCUGCAUUUCCCUUGAUAACCCUGCCCUAUAGUGCUCACCCCCCCCGAUGCCCAAAUGCUCUAGUUUCUGUCUUCCAGGAUGAAGUAAUGAAGUAAAGUUUACCACUGAUAGUUGUUCAAUUGACUUAUCGAGACAAUGACCAAUCUUCAAUUUGUGAAACUCCAAAGCUGAACGUAUUACUGCCUGCUGCCUUGAGUUCUUCCUCAAAUGAAAACCACCCAGGAGGCCACAGAAAAUGACUGUAAGAUGAACCCAUUUCUCCACUGGAUUCUCAACAGUAAUCUUCACCUGCAGCUUCCACACAUGAUACCCAUAUUUUGGACAACUGCCUUGUAUGUUUUAUUAGGAAGUUCCAAUCUUUGCAUGAGGUAAUCUUUAGUCAGAGAUAGAUAGCAUACAGUUCUCAAUGGACAUCAGGUUUGUUUAAUUAUAUUUUCACAAAUGGCAUCAAGUUGUUCCCCAGCUGGCCUUUGAAGGCCAAGAAGAUCUCACAAGUCAAAUAAUCCAGGUUGAACACAAGUUAGCAGCUCAGCAGGUGACAUCACAAUGUUUGCUCUGUUCAGGUGUCCAACCUUUUCACCAGUGUGAUCAGUAGUCAGCUCUCUCCUUGAGAAACGAUCUGGCUACUGUAGCCAGAACCACUACAUAUCCAAUCAUGCUGCUUCUGCCCCCACCCAGCUCAAUUGCUUAUUGCUGUUAUAAUAAACUUUUCUGUUGCCUCACACAUA